GUGUCAGCCGCCGGGAGCUCUACAGAGCCCGGCGCCGCUUUCCCCGCUGGCGGCGGCGGACCCGGUGCUGGCGGCGGCUCCCCGUCACCACGCAAUCCGACACCAGCAGCCGUGGCUCGCGGCCCGCGGCAGAAGCCGGUGACGGAGCGCGGGGCCGAGCGGGAGGCGGCCGGUUCCGAGACGUGUGAGGACGAGGCUAUCUGUGUCAUUAUGUGUGCAUCAGUCAAAUACAAUAUUCGGGGUCCUGCCCUCAUCCCAAGAAUGAAGACAAAGCACCGAAUCUACUACGUCACCCUCUUCUCCAUUGUCCUCCUGGGCCUCAUCGCCACGGGCAUGUUUCAGUUCUGGCCUCACUCCAUCGAGUCCUCCAGCGAUGGGGGUGUGGAGAAGCGCAGCAUCCGGGAGGUGCCGGUGGUCAGGCUGCCAGCUGACAGUCCCAUCCCCGAGCGGGGUGAUCUCAGCUGCCGAAUGCACACGUGCUUCGAUGUGUACCGCUGCGGCUUCAACCCAAAGAACAAAAUCAAGGUGUACAUCUAUCCCUUGAAAAAGUAUGUGGACGACGCGGGGGUCCCAGUGAGCAGCACCAUCUCCUGGGAGUACAACGAACUGCUCACGGCCAUCUCAGACAGUGACUACUACACGGAUGACAUCAGCCGGGCCUGUCUGUUCGUCCCCUCCAUUGAUGUGCUGAACCAGAACCCGCUUCGCAUCAAGGAGACCGCACAGGCCCUGGCCCAGCUUUCCAGGUGGGAUCGAGGAACAAACCACCUGCUCUUCAACAUGUUGCCUGGAGGUCCCCCAGAUUAUAACACUGCCCUGGAUGUCCCCAGAGACAGGGCACUGUUGGCCGGGGGCGGCUUUUCUGCCUGGACUUACCGGCAGGGCUACGAUGUCAGCAUUCCUGUCUUCAGCCGACUGUCUGCUGAGGUGGCUCUCCCCGAGAAAGCGCCUGGUCCCCGGCGGUACUUUCUGCUGUCCUCUCAGAUGGCCAUCCACCCUGAGUACAGAGAGGAACUAGAAGCCCUCCAGGCCAAACACAAAGAGUCGGUGUUAGUCCUGGACAAAUGCACCAAUCUCUCGGAAGGCACCCUCUCUGUCCGCAAGCGCUGCCACCAGCACCAGGCCUUUGAUUACCCCCAGGUGCUGCAGGAGGCCACUUUCUGUGUGGUCCUUCGAGGAGCUCGACUGGGUCAGGCGGUACUGAGCGAUGUCUUACAGGCUGGCUGUGUCCCAGUCAUCAUUGCAGACUCCUAUAUUCUGCCUUUCUCUGAAGUUCUUGACUGGAAGAGGGCAUCCGUGGUCAUCCCAGAGGACAAGAUUGCAGACAUGUACAGCAUCCUGCAGGACAUCCCACAGAGGCAGAUUGAAGAGAUGCAGAGACAGGCACGAUGGUUCUGGGAGGCAUACUUCCGGUCCAUUAAAGCCAUCGCCCUGGCCACCCUGCAGAUCAUCAAUGACAGGAUCUAUCCAUAUGCAGCCAUCUCGUAUGAAGAGUGGAAUGACCCUCCCACUGUGAAGUGGGCUAGUGUCAGCAACCCUCUCUUCCUCCCGCUGAUCCCACCACAGUCACAAGGCUUCACCGCCAUCGUCCUCACCUACGACCGUGUGGAGAGCCUCUUCCGUGUCAUCACCGAGGUGUCCAAGGUGCCCAGUCUGUCCAAGCUCCUGGUGGUCUGGAAUAAUCAGAAUAAAAAUCCCCCGGAAGAAUCUCUCUGGCCCAAAAUCCGUGUUCCCCUGAAAGUUGUGAGGACUACAGAAAACAAGCUGAGUAAUCGUUUCUUCCCUUACGAUGAAAUUGAGACAGAGGCUGUCCUGGCCAUCGAUGAUGACAUCAUCAUGCUGACCUCUGACGAGCUGCAGUUUGGUUAUGAGGUCUGGCGGGAAUUUCCUGACCGGCUGGUGGGCUACCCAGGCCGCCUGCAUCUCUGGGACCAUGAGAUGAACAAGUGGAAGUAUGAGUCUGAAUGGACCAAUGAGGUGUCCAUGGUGCUCACGGGUGCAGCUUUCUAUCACAAGUAUUUUAAUUACCUGUAUACCUACAAAAUGCCUGGGGACAUCAAGAACUGGGUAGACGCUCACAUGAACUGUGAAGAUAUUGCCAUGAAUUUCCUGGUGGCCAAUGUCACAGGAAAAGCUGUCAUCAAGGUAACCCCCAGAAAGAAGUUCAAGUGUCCUGAGUGCACAGCCAUCGAUGGGCUCUCACUAGACCAGACUCACAUGGUGGAGAGGUCUGAAUGCAUCAAUAAGUUUGCUUCCGUCUUCGGGACGAUGCCCCUCAAGGUGGUGGAGCACCGAGCUGACCCCGUGCUCUACAAAGAUGACUUCCCUGAGAAACUGAAGAGCUUCCCCAACAUCGGCAGCUUGUGAAGCGUGCCAUGUCCCAGGGCUGUGGAGGAGCCCAGCUAGGCCCUGCAGCAUUCACGGGAGGCCAGCCUGGCUCAAACCUCCCCCAAACACACUGGACCCUCUUGAGCUGUACAGCCUGCUUUGUCCUCCCAUCUCCAAUGGACUCUGAAAAUGCCAAAGAAAGGAAGCCUCAGGGACAAGCUGCAGUUCUGAGCCCAACAUACCGCUGUUGGCUUGCAGACCCAGUUUACCAUCUCACUGGCCCUACAACUGCCUAUAGCUGGUCAGCCGUCCAGUUUUAGGUCCUGGAGUCACAGUAAAGGCAUGCAUAUCAGCAGACUCUGGAUGAGCAGCUGAGCCUAGAGUGUGCUGCAGAUCUCUGAGAGUUGGAACUGUGCUUGGGACCUGAAUCACAGGCCCAGCCGGGCACACAGCAGAAGAGCAUGGGCUGCCAACACAUGUCCUGACAUUCCCUGGACAACUCUUUGUUUUGGCCUUUUUGAUAUGAUUAAAAUUAUUUUUUAUUCCUUUUC